AUCUACAUCUGUCCGCUGCGACGCUCGACUCUCCUGCUCCCACCGUCUCCCUUCACUCCGUCUAGCAUGAGCCUUCCCCCCUCCGCCGAUAACCAGCAGGCUUAUCGCGACAAGUCCAAUGCCUCUUCCACCGCCCAAGUCGCCGGGGACGCCGCCCCCUCUGCCUCCCGCACCGCCGAACUCGCCAGUCUUAAGGUGAAGCUGCGCUCAUCUCUGCGCCAGUUCCCGGAUUUCCCGUCUCCAGGCAUCCUGUUCGAGGAUAUCUUACCCAUCUUCGCAGACCCCGCCCUCCACGAGUCGCUCAUCAGGGGCCUCGAGCUGCAUCUGCUCGAGACCUACGGUGCAGACCAGAAACCAGAUGUCAUCGUAGGCCUCGAUGCUCGCGGGUUUCUCUUCGGCCCUACCUUGGCCCUGAGACUCGGGGCUGCCUUUGUCCCCGUCAGGAAGCAGGGAAAGCUCCCUGGACCUGUCAUCACCCAGGAGUAUCAGAAGGAGUACGGCAGUGACUUCUUCCAGAUGCAGAGCGAUGCCAUCAAGCCGGGCCAGAAGGUCAUCGUAGUCGACGACAUCAUUGCAACUGAAAGAAAGAAAUACCCCUCCAUGCUAAAUCUAAAUGUUUUUCUACCAGGUGGCUCUGCAUAUGCAGCAGGCUCCCUCGUACAGAAACUUGGAGGCAAUCUCCUCGGUUUUGUCUUCAUGCUUGAACUCGACUUCCUCAAGGGCCGUGACAAGCUCCCUGCCCCGGUCUAUACCCUCCUCGCAACUCAAGAGAGCAAAUAA